CAUUACUCCAAGGGAUCAAAUUAAAUAAAUUACAAUCAUCACAUGCUUAACCCAAUAAAUCAAAUAGCUGAAACAUCAAGUUAAUCAAAAUUUAAUCAAUUUUCCCGAUUUCAUUUCAACGAAAUAAUGUUUUCUUUCGAUUGGAUGUAAAAUCCCUUCUAAUGAAAGAUGAAAUUCAAAAUUCAUUUUCCAGUUUCAAGUCACAGUGAUUUUGCUUCUUGUGUUGGUUGGUUGAGUGGCGAAGAGGUUUUGACUGCUGGAGAUGACCAUAAACUCCUCAUUUGGAACGCACUGAAUCAUGAAGUUAUCCAAACCAUCAAUUUGCCUGAAGAUUUAUUUCCAACUGAUCUUCAUGUCUACCCAAAAUGGAGUCACGGGACGCGUCAGAAAAGCGCCGAACUAUUCUUGAUUGGUUCAACUGAUGGUAGAUAUCACAUUUUCAGUCGCACUGGUAAACUAGAGAAAUCAGUUGAAGCUCAUAAAGGUGCCAUUUUGGUAAUCAAAUGGAGUCAUGAUGGAACUGCUUUAGCCACUGGAGGGGAAGAAGGCCAAGUCAAGAUUUGGUCUAAAAGUGGAAUGCUAAGGACAACUUUAACCUCCCAUCCAACUCCUGUUUACUCAUUAGCUUGGUCACCCUCCAAUGAUUCAAUUAUUUAUACAAUCGACUCAAACCUUGAAAUUAAACCUCUAUCACCUAAAGUGAAACCAAUUUUGUGGAAAGCUCAUGAUGGUGCUAUACUGAAAGUUGGUUGGAACCAAUGCAAUAACACGAUAAUUAGUGGAGGUGAGGAUUGUCGCUAUAAAGUUUGGGAUUCUUCUGGUAGAUUAUUGUUCAUCAGUGGAAUCAAUGACUACCCAAUAACAUCGUUAACAUGGACACCGAAUGGAUCACUAUUUGCUGUUGGUUCCUUCAAUGCUCUCAAACUGUGUGAUCAACAUGGUUGGACUUAUUCAUUGAAUAAACCCGCAAUCCAAAGUAUCUUCAACCUUUGUUGGUCUCAAGACUCAACUCAAAUAGCUGGAGUCACGGGUAAUGGAAGCGUCAUUUUUGCCCAUGUUAUUGAUAAAUCCAUUGACUGGGCUAAUUACCAGGUUAGCUGCUUAAGUCAAAAGAUUUUAAAAUUUCGAGAUAUCUUGAUAAAUACUGAUGAAGAAAUUGAAUUUCGAGAAAACAUAACCCAAUUUUCCCUUGCACAUGGAUACCUAAUUGUCAUAACUACAAAUCAAUGUUUGAUUUAUCGUCCAACUAAUUUAAAUGCUCCUUACACUAUUGACUUGAAAGAUUCAACUGUUAAUUGUCUCUUGCAAUCAUCGACUUCAUUUCUUUUGGUUGAUUCCACCAAUGUUUAUCUCUACUCAUACGAUGGACGCUUUCUCAACAAUCUCAAGUGGAUUGGAAUGAAGACUGACUUUUUAAAUCACAGAACCAUUUCAAUUAGUCCUGAAACAUUGGCAGCUAUCGAUGCAAAUGAUAAUAAAAUAAUUCACUUCAUUGAUCUACCAACUGGUAAACCCAUAAACGCAAACCCAAUGAUUAAACAUAAAUCAGAGGUAAUGGUUGUUGCUCUUGACUCAACUGGACCGCCAAAUGAACGAAAAGUGGCAUUUAUUGAUAAAAAUUGUGAUUUAUAUCUGACUUUGGUUCGAUCGCGUUCAGUUUCAUCCCAAAUAAUUAAAAUAAGCUCAAUGAUUAAAUGGAUUCUUUGGUGUGACACUGCCAACAUGUUAGCUGCUUUAGGUGAAAAUGGACGAAUCACUUGCUGGCUUUAUCCUCAAGUCGGCUUUGUUGAUCGAGAUUUAUUUUCAUUGGCAGUUAUUGAAAAAGAUUGGUCAGACAAUGCUUCUAGAAAUUUACAAUUAACAGAUUUUCACAAUAAUCAACUAACUCUACGUUUGUCUGAUGGUUCACCAGUUCAGUACUCAAUCAGCUCAUUUCCAAGAAUCUUACAUGGUUAUGUUUCAAAUGGAAAAUGGAAUGAAGCUCUUCAGUUAUGCCGAUAUUUAAAAUCAUCUCCUGAUUAUUUACCUCUUUGGGCUUCAUUGGCAGGAAUGGCUCUUAAUGGUCAUAAUUUAGAGAUAGCUGAAUAUGCAUAUUCAGCAAUUGAAAAGGUUGAUAAGGUUUUGUACAUUCAACGAAUCCAAAAACUGGUCGACUCUGCAGCUCGAAAUGCUGAAAUAGCCUUGCUUUGUGGUAACAUUCAAGAAGCCGAGAAUAUUUUAAUUGCUAGUAAAUUCAUUCUAAGAGCGAUCUUAAUUAAUUUGGAAGUUUACAAUUGGGAUCGAGCUUGUGAUUUAAGGAAUAAGUAUGACCAUAAAGAGCGAAUCUAUGGAAAUGUCAUUCUGUUUUAUCGCCAACGUUACUUGGAGCGAUUUGAUAAAACAGAAGACAAUAAAAGGUUGAAAAAAUUAGCCAAUGAGAUUGAAUCAAGGAAUUGGGAACAAGUUGAAGAAAUUAUCAAAGAUCCUUAUAAACACAAACAUGAAAUUUAAUCUAAAUUAAAAAUGAUUGAUUUAUUUAUUUGGAAAUAUUACAUUCAUUGCAUUUUGGAAGGGCCUAAUGUAUUUAAAUCUGUUUCUGUGUGACUACUCAAUAUAAACUGUGUAAGCCAGCAGCGUCCGUUAUGGCACCAUCGCGACCCUCUGUUGAUUAGUUUUGUUCAAAUGGUUUAAGAAUAAUUGUAAAGGUUAAAAUGGUUCCAA